GGAAAAGUGAAGCGUGAGAAUUUGCAAGAUCUGUAAUUUUUGGUGUGUGUUCCAGACUUCUGAGUGAAGAUGCUGGCCUGCAGAUGCGUGCUGCUCUCUUGCCUCUUCGCCAUGGCUCUUUUUCACUGCGGUGCAGACAGCUACCGACUGAGCCCAGAAGCACCAGAGUAUCUCAACCCUUUGGUGCAAGAAGAUUCUGGUGUCUUGAGCAGGAACAUUGAGAAGUCUGCAGGUGACCUUACACACAAGCUCAGAUUGCUGGACCACUUAGCACACCUGGAGAAUGAUGUCAUUGAGACCAAGAGAAAGAGAAGUUUCCCUGGGGGUAACACGCCUUUGGACCGCCUAUCUGUUGGUACCAUGGAAGCAAAGACCAAGCAGAGACAUCACACAGAAGAGGGAGGGAGGAGGAAAGUAGUGGAACUUCCCAGAAGGCGCGUGAGCGUCCCUAUUGACCGGAUUGGAGUCGGCCGACUCCCCAGCAACCGAGGCUAAACUGAGACUCCCCCUCCCCUAUUGCAGGCGGUCCGUUACAGUCCCACGAUGGAUGGAAAAAUGCUACCAGUUCUCCAUAGCAACAUUUUACUCGUCACCGUAGUUUCACUGAGAUGUAGACACCCCCUCGCCCAAGCUCAUCGCAGGCUCUGGAGGGCCUGUGGUGCUGUACAGUGGGGGUACCGUGAGGGGAAGCUCAAACCGCACACAGAACAUGCUGCUUUCAGGACAUGCCCCCAUACUCAUCCUGCGUGUCCAGCGCACUUUGC